AUGUCGAAUUCACAAUAUGAGAAGACCACAAAGAACGGUGUUGUACGCUAUCGCGGACGAGGGAAAUAUGAUUUUGAGACGGUUCAUUCUAUAAUCGAUGAAGCACCGAUUCUUCAUGUGUCUUUCACUCCACUCGACGACGACUUCCCAGCAAUAUUACCAAUGUUUGGUUGUAUGGGUCUCUUUCCAUCUGAUGACACCAAUAGUGUAGGCAGGACCAGCUCGCUUUAUCUCCAUGGUUACGCAGCGAGCAGGAUGUUUCGAACGUCUAGAGGGGAGGAUGCAGGUCUGAAAAUCACGGUUGCUGCCACUAUACUGGAUGGAAUCGUUCUUGCAUUAACGCCCAACCACCAUAGUGCAAACUACCGGUCAGCUGUGGUGUUUGGCCACGCAUAUCUAGUAACGGAUGAGGCAGAACGGUGGUGGGCGAUGAAGCAUGUAACAAACAGUAUUGUGCCAGAGCGUUGGGAAAACACACGCAUUCCGCCAACAGACGCCGAAGCGAAGGCGACGGGCAUAAUACGCGUCGAAAUCGAGACUGGAAGUGCGAAGAUUCGAACGGGAACCACGGGCGAAGAUCGAAACGACUUGAAGGACGAGGGGCUCCGCAAAAGAGUUUGGGCAGGAGUGCUUCCGAUGUGGACACGAUAUGGGCAACCAACGCCAGCGCCGACGAAUAUGACGGACAAAACACCAGAGUACAUCUCGCGCUUUGUUGAUGAUAGCAACAAGCAGCAAGAGGACUACGCAAUGAAGGUUGCGUUGUAA